AUGGAUGUGAGGGAAGUUGCGGAGGAGCUCCGCUCAAGAUUCCCCUGCCGGAAGCGACAGAUCGAGGACAUUCUCCUACACGUCGGAGGACCGUUCGAUCGCAUGCCGCCGCUCUUCCUCUGUGGGCCAUCAGGCACGGGCAAAACAGCCGUGAUCCGAGCGGCGCUUACGCAGAUGCGCCGUCCCCACGUCUACCUCCCCCUCACCUCCGCCUGCGGCUCCCAGCAAUCCGUCUACCACGCGGUUCUGACCCAGCUGGCCCAGCAGCAGCAGCAGCAGCAGCAAGGGGAGCAGCAAGGGGAGCAACAAGGAGAGCAGGCACGAGAACGGACAUGCGUGUUGCCUGCAAUCCCCGCUUCCUUCCACUCCACCAUUCCCAACCGUGCUGUAUUUCUGAAGGCACUGCUGCGGGUUUUGUCAGGGGAGGCGGAAGGGGAAGGGGAAGAUGCGGAAGCGGAAGUGGCUGCCACGGCUGGUGCAGCGCACCAAGAAACAGACAGUGACGAGGGUCGGCGCAGCAAAGAGCAGAGCUAUGGAGGGCGCGAGGAGGCAGCAGGAGAGUGUGCGUUGCAGCAUGAGGAGGCAGCGCUGCGAAACAAGAGGGCAGCGCAGCAGCCGCCAGCGUCGCCCCGCCAUGCGAAACGGCCCACGGUGCACACGCAGGCAGAGGCGGAUGAUGCGAGCGGAGAGCGGGAGAGGGCGGGAGCGAGCGGGCUGUGGUUCGUGAUGAACGGCGGUGGGCAGGCUGGGGGUGUGGGACCCGCGGAUGAGAUGGAGGAGGGGGAAGUGAGGAGUGAGGACGGUGAGGAGGAAGAAGGACAGGAGGCGGGAUUCGAGGUGGAGGGGGAGGAGAGAGGAGAAGAGAUAGAGGGGCAGAAGGAGGGGGAUGAGGAGGGGGGCGAGGGGUACGAAGAGGAUGACGAUGUGAUUGAGGUGGGUCCUGUUGCGGUAAGGAUUCAGCUGGUAAAGCAGCAGGAGGAGGAGGAGCAGAUGGAGCAGCAGAUGCUGCAGGACGUACUGGUGCAGGAGCAAAGGCCCGGCAGCAGAGAGAAGCACAAGGGUCUAGGAGGACCAGGAGAAGGAGGAGGAGGCCCCACCCACCCAAGUGCGAGGCGCUCCUUGGCUGCCGCAUUCGCAGGUGCAGAGGGCACCAAAGUGGCGGAUGACGGAAGGAGGCAGGCUGCCUGUGAGAAUGGGGCCGCUUCUACGGGCCCGCAGUGCAGCCCUCGUGCAGCGGCCGAUAAGGAACCGCAAGCCUGCCUGGUGAAGCCCUGUAUUGAUGCUACAGUGUACCUCGUUAUAGACAACCUGGAGCAGCUCAAAGCCUUCCCUGCAGGGGAAGGCCCGCAGCUGCUGGAAACGUUCCUCCGCCUGCCCGAACUGUUGGGGCAGUCCAACUUAGGGCUAAUCCUAGUGAGCAAGCUGGACUGGGCGUCAACUUGUGGGCUUGGCGCUGCAGGGAUGGGGGGUGGGGGCAGCUGGGGCGGAGGCUGGGGAGGCGGAUGGGGAGGCGGAUGGGGAGGAGGAGGGGCAGCAACAGCAGCGGCUAUGGCAGUGGCGGCAUGUGAGCCAGUGACGGUGUUCUUCCCACCGUACAGCGACAAGGAACUGGAAACGGUUCUCGUGGGCAUGAGGCCGAAUCAGCCGCUCUUCCUCUCCUUCCUCAGGCAGGUGGUUCCAGUGUAUACCCGUGCCUACCGCUCCCUGCCGCACCUCGCCUCGCUCGUGGACCACUCCUGGCCGCUCUACACCGCUCCCAUUGCCACAGGCUCUGUGUCCCCCGACCACCCCAGCUGUGCUCGCCUGCUGUAUAUGAGAGCACAGGAGCACAUAGGAACCACACUCAAGCAGCCCGUCUCAACCCUCGUACGCUCGUCAGUCGUGGAUACUCCUGCUGUUGCUGCUACUGCUGGAGCUCCAAUGGACGUUCCAGAUCUUCCCAUCAUGACAAGAUUCGCCCUUGUCGCAGCAUUUACCUGCUCCCGCAACCCAGCACCGUCAGAUGUAACCCUUUUUAACUUCUCGGACUCCGCACAGCCCGGUGGAAGCGGGUUUCGGUCCAGGAGGAAGAGGAAGGCAAGUGCAGGGGACCUGGACAAGCAGGCUAGAGAGGCCAGGGAGGCUCAGCAGCACGGCCCCAUUCCCUUCCCUCUUUCGCGCUGGCUGCUCAUGGCUCACCACUUGGUGAAAGCUCACUGGUCCUCUCCUCUCGCCUCGGUUUCUAGUGGUGGUGCUGCUGAGUCAGCUCCUGCUGUGGAUGACAGCUUGCUGACUCAGCUUGCGACUCUUGUUCGCGGUGGGCUGGUGAGCCAGUCAGGGGAAGACAGGCUGGCUAGCACAACACGCUUCAAGUGCAGUGCGAGAAAGGAACUGGUGAAGCAGGUGGCGAACACUCUUGGCAUUCGACUGGAGCAGCUUCUGCUUUUUGGUCCGGGCUUUAACUCCCUCUCGGCGUGGCUCUUAAGGCGAGGUCUGAGCACGGACCGGGACGGUGGGGAGAGAGGCGACACAGGGCUCAGCGACCUGGGUCCGGGCAUGGGCUUGGGCCGGGAGGGCCCGUCCGCGCAGGCGCUCAUGCCGCCGGGUCCGCGGGACGACCUCCGCGCGGGCGCGGGCGCGGGGGAAGGCGCGGAGGCGGAAGGCGCGGAGGCUGCACCAGCGGAGGACGACCAUUUACCGGAGGACGAUCAGGAGGCGGUGCUGGAUUCGGUGGUGAAGGUGUACGCCGUGGGGAGCAGCCCCAACUACCGCCUGCCCUGGCAGAACAAACCGCAGCGCGAGGUCACCGGCUCAGGGUUCGUGAUUAUGGGCCGUCGGAUCCUCACCAGCGCGCACAUCGUGGCCGACCAGGCGUUCGUGCUCGUGAGGAAGCACGGCUCGCCCAAGAAGUACCUCGCGCAGGUGCUAGCAGUGGUGCAUGAGUGCGACCUGGUGCAUCCCCCUCCUCUCCCUUUGACCCCCUCCUGCCCCCGCACUCUCCCCCCCCCCUCCCCUUCCCCCUCUCCCCCCCACCAGGUGCAAGCAGUGGCGCACGAGUGCGACCUGGCGCUGCUGACACUGCAGGAGUCGGUAGCUGUGGUGGGGUACCCUCAAGGCGGCGACAACAUCAGCAUCAGCAUGGGAGUGGUCUCACGCGUGGAGCCCACCAAGUACGCACACAGCGGGGCGCACCUGCUGGCCAUCCAGAUUGAUGCGGCAAUCAACCCCGGCAACAGCGGGGGACCCGCCCUCAUCAUGACCCACGUGCCCGUCGCGGCAGGAGAUAGCACCACCAGCAGUGCUGCUGCUGAUGCUGCUGCUGGCGCGUACGGCAGCAGCAGCAGCAGCAGUAGUGGUGGUGGUGGUAGAGAGACAAGCAGAAGCGGUGGCAGUGGGAAUGGAAGGGAUUUGAUGAAUUCACACCGCAUGGAUUCUCAACUGCAGGGAGAGUCUGCUGGUAAGGCAGGGGGGAUGCAGCGGCGAUCAGGGUUGGAGGAGGAGAGCGAUUCACCCAGCAUAAAGGGGCUGGGCUGGGGGGACGAGGGCGGGGACGUGAUGCUGGGGCUAGGGGGGGAAGGUGGGCGGGAGGAGUGGGAGGGGGAGGAGGGGGAGGAGGAGGUGGGGGUGGGAGGGGGUUGGGCGGAGAUAGAAGCGGAGCGGGCGGCAGAGGAGGCGGCGGCGAGGGCGACACCGGUGGCGAUGAGAGUAGAGUACCGCGUAGUGGGGGUGGCUUUCCAGAACCUCACUGGGGCUGAAAACAUCGGCUACAUAGUACCCACGCCCAUCAUCCACCGAUUCCUGCACGAUGCAGCGCUGCACCACCACCGCUUCCACGGCUUCUCCUCCUUGGGCGUGGCAUGCCAGCCGCUUGACAACUGGCAGCUGCGCGCGCACCUGCGCCUGCCGCCGACUGCUACAGGCGUGCUGGUGAACGCGGUGCAGCCUCUCAGUGAGAGCAGCCGGUGGAUCAAGAAGGACGAUGUGUUGACUGCAUUCGACUGCGUGCCUAUAGCCGAUGAUGGUUCCGUGUUGUUCCGCAAGAGGGAGCGACUGCCGUUUGACUACCUGGUGUCGCUCAAGGGCAGUGGGGAGAGGGCCAUGGUGUCAGUGUACCGAGGAGGGCAGCUCAUGCACUUCGACAUGACCGUCAACCCGCUCCCCCCGUUGGUGCCAGCGCAGCAGUUUGACAGUGCCCCAAGCUACUUCAUAUUCGCAGGGCUCGUCUUCAUGCCGCUCUCCCAGCCCUACCUGCAUGAAUACGGCCCCGACUGGCUCCACUCCUCCCCCCGCCGCCUCUGCGACCUCGCCCUCCGCAACCUGCCCGAGAAACCCGGGCAGCAAAUCAUCAUCCUCUCGCGGGUGCUCCCUGACGAGGUCAACGGUGGUUAUGAGCGGCUGGCAGACCUGCAGGUGCUCAAGGUGAAUGGGAUGGAGGUGGACAAUAUUCGCCAACUCAAAGACGCCGUGUUUGAGACAUCUGGGCCGUUCGUUCGGUUCGAUCUGGAGGACGGGCGGAUCAUAGCCAUUGACAUGGCAGCUGCCAGGAAGUCGAAUGCGCAGAUUCUGCGGCGCUACCGCGUGCCGAGUGCAUCCUCUUGGGACCUCCGCCAAAUGGCCGACAGCAACUCCCACGACAGCCACAGCCGCUUCUGA